AUGUCACUGCAACCUGGUUCUGGUUCUGGUUCUGAUUCUGGUUCUGGUUCUGAGAAGAGGAAGAAAAGCUAUGACAGUGAAAUCAAUCUCGUCGAUGACACCCCCCUCAAGAAAGGAAGAAGAGAAGAAUUGUCUUCAGAAAUCCCUUCCAAAGAAAAGCUUUUGGAAGCUAUUCCCGAGAUGAAGCAACGUAUAUGGUCUGAGUGCCCUGACGAACAAAUGGAUGCAAUGAUGCACUUUACAAAUCUGUUAGGAUCUAUAGAGCCCCCUCGUCCAAUUGAUGAGGUGAUUGAGGCAGAAGUUGUCCCUCGCUUUGUGCAAUUCUUGGAUAUGUAUGAUAAACCCGACUUGCAGUUUGAAGCUGUAUGGUCGUUAACCAAUAUUGCUAGCGGAAAAUCCCAUCACACAAGAGUUGUCGUUGAACAUGGCGCAGUUCCCUUGUUGGUGAAACUUCUCAUCCUUAGCAACAAUGAGGACGUCAUAGAACAGGUAGUAUGGGCUAUAAGUAACAUUGCUGGUGAAUCCCCAAAAUAUAGGGAUCUUGUUCUUGAGGAAGGUGUUCUUCUACCGUUAAUAUCUCUGUUGGGUCCACCACUUCCAACAAUGUCUAUGUUGUUGACUACUACAUGGACUUUAUCUAAUUUGGUCCGUGGAAAGCCUCACGUAGAGCCUCUCAUGCCUGUCCUUAAGACACUCAUCGACAUGGACAACGAAGAAGUUUUAUUAAAUGCAUGCAGUGCUCUUUAUUUCCUUUCAAAUGUCUCAGCUGGCGCAACUCAGGCUAUUAUCGAAGCAGAAGUUUGCCCAAAACUAGUGGAGCUUUUGCUGUAUUCAUCAGAUUCAGUUAGUUUACUUGCACUUCAGACUUUGGGAAACAUCGCUGCUGGUAAUGAUGCUCAGACUCAGCAUGUAAUUGAUAACCAAUUUCUCCCACCUGUUCGUCUACUUCUUUUUCUCACGCGAGAACGAAAUGAAAUCAUCUUCCGAAAAGCUUGUUGGGCAAUCUCAAAUAUCACAGCUGGUAAUAGAACUCAAAUACAGGCAGUGAUUGAUGCCGAAAUUUUUCCUAUUCUUGUUGGGUUUUUUUGUCAUCAUCAUGCUGACUCUGAUUUUGAUAUCAAGAAGGAGGUGGUCUGGGCCAUCACCAAUGCCACUAGAAGAGGAUCUGCUGACCAAAUCAUGGACCUGGCGGAUCAAGGUUGCGCUAAGCCUCUAAGUGAACUCUUGACCCAUCCAAACCCAGAAAUUGUGUCAAUUUGUGUCGAGGGGCUACAGAAAAUUUUGAUGGCUCGGAUAAGCCAACAACAACGAAGAUAGAGGCAACAUCUUUGCUGAAAGGGUUGAUAAAUGUGAUGGAUGCAGAGCCAUGACAAGAAGGAGAGAGAUCAAUGAGAGAGCUGUGAGGAUUUUUAAGACGUUGAAUUUUUGGGCUGAGAAUGACUUGGAAGAUCAUAUGAAACUUCAGGAUCUGGGAAUAUGGUAGUCAACAAGAUUUUUCAUAUUUUUGGAUUAUAGUAGUAAAGUAAUACCAUGAUUAC